GACAAUUCUGUUGAUAUUUACUCCAUCAUACAACGAUACAAUUCCAACCACGAUUAUGAUUGUUACCAGCUGAAAAGUUUUUAAAGUGACAAUGUGCAAAUUUCUUGGUCAAGUGGUGGCGCUGUUGAAAGUUACUGGUUACUUUUUUGUAAACAACCACACUCCAGCAGAGUCCAGCUAGCUCGCGUGUGGUGCAGGUGGUAUGCGGCUGGAGUCCACGAAACUUGUGUUCGUCAAAUUCCUUCAUGCUUUGAAGCCAGUGUUUACAGGUCUCAUUUCUGUUAGGACACCAGGCUUGAAGGCUAGAUGCUGCCCCCGCUCUAUGAUGAGAUAUGACACGCAACACCCCUCAGUUUGUAUUGAUUCCUAGCCAUGCACUCUCCAAGCCAGUCUCCAGGACCUACUCCACCGGCAGAACCUUCAUCCACACUGCAGUCCGUGUCUGGAACAGUCUCCUAGAUGGUGAAGUGGGAGAGAUCAAAGACAGUGGUGCUCCGUUCUUCAGCUGUAGGGUGCAUCAACAUCUCCUGUCAACACAUUGAUUUGCUGCAUGCAAGUCCCUACAUCUAUCCAGUUCCUGUUCUGAUGAAGCAGCUUUCCCAGCCCAUAACUCUGUUCAGGUUUGGUGCAUGUAACUCAGCCCUAUCCCCUGUUUCCUUGCUUCAAGGCAGGCUCAUACAGCGCUUGAUGUACCUCGUCUCUUACAGGGACAAAAUCCGCGAGCAUGACAGCACUAUUGUCCAACAGUGGCUGCGGAUCCACCAUCCAUUGACUUAUUGACGUAUGAAGAUCUGUGUAGU